CCGGGCGCCCCAAUACGCCAAUUGGAAGUGCAAACAGUGACCACUAAUUAAUUUGCAUAAAUAAGCAGCUGGGAGUGGGGCAGACCAAACAGUUAACCCCAUCAUGUUGUGGCAAACGGUCUACCUGCUCGUCUUGGCGUGCGUCGUGGUCAGUAGCACACCGAUCCUCUCCAGCGGCGAUGAGGAGAGCAUACGGAAACCCCGGCACAUUGGAGGAUUUGGAGGUGGUGGAGUAGUAGGAGGUGGAAUCGUGGGAGGCGGGAUCAUCGGCGGCGGAGGAGUAGCUGCCCCCAUAGUGGCAGCACCCGCUAUUCAAACAGUUCCUGUUGUCUCCACCGUGCCCAUAAUCACCACUGUACCCGUAGUUUCCAGCAUUUCCACCGUUCAAACGAUCCCUAGUUAUGGUUAUGGUUAUGGAGGCUAUGGAGGAGGUUACCCAGCAGCCGGAGGAUUGGGAGGACUUGGAGGCAUUGGAGGAGGCGGUGCUUUCGUUGGUGGUGCCGUGGGUUUUGCCAAAUUCAAAGGCGGCUUCUUUGGCUAGAUCUUUCCGAAUAAAUCCAAGUGUGUUUGUCUCGAGACCCUCUGUAGUGUAAACAAUGAAUAAACAAAAGUACUGCGAGAUCGAGUUUCAUUUUGCCGAGUGUUUGGAAUCAACAAAUUCGAUGAGCUUGCAUAUUCCGUCGCCAACUGAUUGUUGGUUUUUCGUUGAUAUUUCUGGAAGAGUCUCUCGCUGGUGUUUGCUUUACUAUAUAUAUGCCGAAAAUCGCGCGAGGCGAGGCGGAUGGGCUUUUUGAGUGGUAAACAACGAGCCAUCAAGCGACUACAGUGGGUCAAG